GCUGCAAGCAUUUGUUUCUUUGACACACAGGCGGAGCGAGAGGGUGAUAUGGCGUCGACAAGCCGUGGAGAGGGAUUGACCCUUCCCAGAGUUCAGUGUCCCAACCACCCUGAUGCCAUAUUGGUGGAGGACUACAGAGCAGGGGACAUGAUUUGCCCUGAAUGCGGCCUUGUAGUAGGUGACCGUGUAAUCGAUGUGGGCUCAGAGUGGAGGACGUUUUCUAAUGAGAAGGCCCUUAAAGAUCCAUCCAGAGUGGGAGAUGCCCAGAACCCACUGCUCAAUGGAGGAGACCUAACCACCAUGAUCAGCAAGGGAACAGGCGCAGCAAGUUUUGACGAGUUCGGAAACUCCAAGUACCAGAACCGGCGGACCAUGAGCAGCUCUGACCGGGCUAUGCUCAAUGCCUUUAAAGAAAUCAGCACCAUGGCAGAUCGCAUCAACCUGCCAAGGAACAUCAUAGACAGAACAAACAACUUAUUCAAGCAGGUUUAUGAACAGAAGAGCCUGAAGGGUCGAGCCAACGAUGCCAUUGCUUCUGCCUGUCUCUACAUCGCCUGCAGACAAGAAGGUGUACCAAGAACAUUUAAAGAGAUCUGUGCCGUCUCCAGGAUCUCUAAGAAGGAGAUUGGUAGAUGCUUCAAGCUGAUCCUGAAGGCGCUGGAGACCAGCGUGGACCUAAUCACCACAGGAGACUUCAUGUCCCGCUUCUGCUCAAACCUUGGGCUGCCCAAGCAAGUGCAGAUGGCGGCUACCUUCAUCGCCAGGAAGGCCGUGGAGCUCGACCUGGUGCCCGGCAGAAGCCCCAUCUCUGUGGCUGCAGCAGCCAUUUACAUGGCCUCCCAGGCCUCUGCAGAGAAGAAGACCCAGAAAGAAAUCGGAGAUAUCGCCGGUGUCGCAGACGUUACGAUCAGACAGUCGUACCGACUCAUCUACCCGCGAGCUGCGGAACUUUUCCCUCCAGACUUCAAAUUUGACACACCCGUCGACAAGCUGCCUCAGCUGUGAACAAGUCGCUGCCUACACAGUCGUGAUAUUUUUUCUGCUGUACUUACAGGAUCGUGCUCUUUUUUUUAUCCUAUUUGUGUUGAAUUUGGAAGAUUUCUCUUGUCUGUCCUCAGACUUCAAGCCUUCAUCAAGGCGCGCUCACAGGAAUAUAACGGACACACAUUCCAGUGCUUAAAGAAACAGCUUGCAGACUGUACUUACAGUAUUUCAUUUGAGUGUAUAUACUGUACCAUGUAUAUAUGUCCAAGUGGGAAAGUGUAAUUGAUGCUUGCAAAUUUUAGGCUGAUUUCAUACUGUAUACAUAAAACUUUGUUUUUGUAGAAAAAUGACCAGGUUCUAUUUUGUUAGUUU